AUGUAUUUAGAGAUUGUCCCGUCUACUCUCUACUGGUCCUCUUCAGCCUCUGAGAUUAGUCCUCAAUUAUGGUGGCGCUCAAUCGUCGAGAAUUUCAGCUAUCUACCAGCAAAUCAAUUUCCUGAAGGCAUCCAAUCAGCAGUAGGCUUUACAACAAUCUGCAUCAAUGUUCCCCGCCAUCUCAAUUAUCUUCUGUCCACCUUCCUUGCCAUGGGUGGGAAGCUUGUCAAAGCUCGUCUGCCGACGGACAAAGGACUUCCAGGAGCUUUGAGAUUUGCGGCCUCUUUGGCGAUGAGUCAAGAACCACAUGAGAGGCUCAUUUGUGUGAACGCGAGUGGGUUGGGAGCGAAAGCGCUGGUACCGGAUGAUGCUAUGUUCCCUGUGAGAGGACAGACCGUGCUGGUGAAGGGGGAGGCGAAGUAUGCAAAGACGAUGAACGAAAACAAGUAUGUUAUUCCACGACCGGGAAGCGGGACGACGAUUCUAGGCGGUACUAGGGAGGUUGGGAAUUGGUGA